AUGCCACGCCAGCUAUUCCACCGACUGAGACGGAAGCCCACCCGCUCAGGCCCAAUAGCAUCGGCCACGGCUUUGGCUACCUCCAACCACGAACCGUGCGCGGUUGGGCACGCUCCCGCCCUUUUUGAUCUUGUUCAUCUGUCCAAUCUGAUCGAUCAAAUGCCCGUUGGCGCCGUGGAUAUCUACGCUGUCGAAGCCUGCGUGAACGGCGUUGUUCGCGCCGGUGAUGAAGUUGCGGAUGAUGCGUAUGCGUAUAACCCGCUUUGGACUGCAACACAGCAGGAUCCGCCGCGCGGCCCAGGGGCAUGA